AUGGGCUGCUGGUUGUCUCUAUCACGUGGUGUAAUAUGGGCGUUUGUAGCCCCUGCCUUGAUCAUUAUUUCAUUGAACACGUUAUGGGUGAUCCUUGUAUUCAGCAAAAUGCUGGGAAUUAAAGCAAUGGGAACUAAGAAAAUGCCAGAAAAAAUAAAGACCAGCCUUCGUUCGCUCUGUGUACUAGUACCCCUGAUGGGUGUGUCAUGGAUUCUGGGCAUAUUCUACAUCAACGAAGAUCUUUACUUCCUUCAAUAUCUCUUUUCCAUUUGCAACGGUCUUCAGGGUUUCUUUAUUUUUCUCUUCCGUUGUGCUUUGAGUAAAAAGAUACGAAACAGAUGUCAAAUGAGACGCAGACCUUUUUUUCGUUUGGAAUUCUACGAUCAGAUCCAAUACGUAAGCUUGCUGUCGUAUUGUUUUCAUUAA